CAACGAGUCAACAAUUUAACAGAUUAGGAAACCGUAACUUACAGAUCCAGCAAUGUCUUCCAGCUAUUCGGCAAACCAGUAUGACAGCGCCUUUAAACCGCACAGGCUGCAGAACUGGUGUGAGACUAAGCACUUCAAAGAGAGACCUAGUGCACAGGUGGGCCGUACCACCUUCAUCGCUGAUGAUAGAGGACACCUGCUCCCAGGAGUGGGGAAGAGAGGCCUUGCAUGGCCUGACUUUAAAGGCACCUGGGAUCUACCUGCUCGCAUCCCAGGCCAGCGAAUCAACCCUACCGCCCGCUCUGUGGAGGGCCUCAACAGGCUCAAAUCAUGGGGACGGUACCCAAAGAACGCUGACAUGUCUCAGCCACACAGAGGCAGCAAAAGCACAAAUAGGCAGAAGGAAACUGGCGAGCAGACCAGUUUGAAAGUACUGCAGGAUGAUGCCACCCAGUCUGCUGCAGCUGAAGCCCGACCAGCUUCUCAGAAUUGGUCCACUACUGGGAGUGACAGAACUACCAACCAGAACCGGGCAGGCUCACAGGCAGCAACAGAACAAGCUACAGGAAAUGACAGGCUGCCUAGCCAUUGCUCUGCAGCUGAAAAGAAUUCAGCUUUGAAUCAGGCUGCUGUGGAGAAAAACCAUAUCAGGCCUGAUACUGGUGAGGGGAGACAAACAAGAAAUAUGUCAGCAAAAGCAGUCAGCCAGCCAUCACAAGCAUCCAUCGAGCAGAGACAGAGAAAGAUACAGCAAGACCUGUGAACAGUCCUUUAUUUCU